ACUCGAGACAGGGAAGGCUGAGAGACGAGCUGCGGUUCAUGAUGCUUGUAAAUCCUUAAGUGCUCAGAUAUAGACUGGGUUCAGUUGUGAUUUACAGACAGCAGUGAAUUUUAGGAUGACUCUGAUACCUGUUUGACCUGAUGCCCAGUGCAACCUGCAAAGUAUUUUUUGUGCUUAAUUUGUUUCAGAAUAGACAAUGGGUGCCUUAAUUAUAAUCCUGCAAGUAACUCUACUCCUCUCCAGUGUUGGCUUCACCGAAUCCUCUGAGCUUCUGCAAUGCUUUAACGAUUAUGACACCGAGCUAAAGUGCAGUUUGACCGUGGAUGAUCCCGACAGCUGUUCCAAAAACAAACUCAGUGCUUCAAUAACCUUCACUAAUAACAGGAUGUAUACCUGCCAUUUUGAUGAAAUCCGACACGAUGCAUGUGAAUGCAGAAUCCAAGUGGCAGGGUUUGUCAUUACGGAGACAUUCACGGUAAACGUGUCGAAAGGAGACGAGAUUUGGCACACAGAGACGAUCAAUACUGAAGAAAGCAUCAAGCCUAGGAGACCGAUCAUCACGUCAGUCAUUCAGAACAUAAACGGAGACUUUCACAUUAGCUUGAACACCACCUACACGAAGAAACCUUUCUCUGACUCACUGAUUGUAGAGCUCACCUACGGCAUUGUUGGAAGCAAUGAUUUCGUGACACAGAUUUUGGCAGUUGGUCAGACUACAUAUGAGAUUGUGGGCAGGAACCUACAACCUAAUUCCAGAUAUACUUUGAAAGCGAGAGUGAAAUCGAACUACCCUCCUAGUAAGACAUUCAGUGACUACAGUGAAGCACGUGUGCUCAAAACACCACUAUCGUUACAAAACCUUCUCAAGAUAAUAAUCCCCAUUUUAUGUCUCAUUCUGACCAUCUGUGUAUGUUCAAUCUACUUCUGGUUCAACAGAGUCCUAAAACCAUGGUGGGACAAGAUUCCUACUCCGAAAUUUUCUACGAAUUUUGUAAAACAGGUCCCACAGUUUCUGUCAUUUCAAAACGAGGUCUCGUCUGUCAGUCUUGAACCAACAGCAAACCACAAGACAACAUGUGUGGAAUCUUCUCAAAUCCAGUGUAAAGACAGUCAAUAUAGCGUCGGUCUCGGAAAAGACGUCGAUUCGGUGCCACUGAUCUGCUCCAUGACAGACUACCAGAGCGUGGACCAGAACAGCUCUGAAGAUGUUCGGUGUGGGCUUGAUAAGGAAAGCCAAUCUACAAACCUCAACCAAUUGAAUGAAGUCAGCUCGGGAAUCAGCAAUAGGACAUAUUCACCAUCAAACUCCAGCAGCUCGUACUUUUUUAAACAGCCAGUUGCAAACAUUUAUCCGAGCGAGAACUUCCUGGUGUCGUCUAAGAACCUGGAGCCAAUGAUACAGACAGAUUUUCAGUACAGCGUGUGGAGCGGUUGUACAGACUCAGGAAUCUCCAAACUGAUUCAUAUCAUGUCCCCCAAGAACGAGACAGCUGUGGUUCUUGGAUAUCAGAGCUUGGAUGACCAGGAUGGUCUUAUCUCUUGUGACGAUCUGAUUAUAGAGAAGCCAUUUAGCAUUAAGGAACUACAGGAUGUUCCGUUUUCCGUCUGUGAAAGCAUCAUUAUGCCAAUGGACGAGGAUUAUCAAUCUUUUUAAUCAAGCGUAACCUGAUAUAAUUAUAAUAAUUAUAAUGAAAUGUCACCAUGGUUUAAGAAAAGUGUUCUAACCAGACACUGCUAUACACCUCUGUAGAUAUGUUUACAUUAUGAUAUAAAGUCUUGUGGGUUUGAAGUCAUUUCUAUUUUUUAAAAUUAUUAUUAUUCUUUAAUAUUUUUUACACUAAUAAGUAAGUAAUUAAACACUUUGUGCCAUGCAGGUAUAGGAAAAUAAUCACUGACAACUAACACAAAGUAAAUGUUUAUUUUCCUAUAAACAGCAUGUCACAUGUUUUAUUCCUCUUACACUGAUAAGCCAUAACAUUAAAGCCAGUGAAAGGUGAGGUGAAUAACACUGAUUAUCACCUGUCGAGUUGUGGGAUAUAUAUAAGGCAGGAAGUGAAUAAUCAGAUCGUGAAGUUGACAUGUUGGAAGCAGGAAAAAUGGGCAAGUAUAAGGAUCUGAGCGACUUUGACAAGGGCCAAAUUGUGACAGUUAGACGACUGGGUGAGAGAGUCUCCAAAACGGUGUGGGGUUUUCCCAGUAUGUAACGGUUAAUACCUGCCAAAAGUAGUCCAAGGAAGGAGAACCAGUGAACCGACGACAGGGUCGUGGGCGCCCAAGGCUCACUGAUGCGUCUGGUCCGAUCCCACAGAAGUGCUUCUGUAGCACAGGUUGCUGAAAAAGUUCACGCUGGCUCUGAUAGAAAGGAGUCAGAACACACAAUGCGUCACAGCUUGCUGUGUAUGGAGCUGCGUAGCUGCGGAGCGGUCAGAGUUCCCGUGCUGACCCCCUGUCCGCCACAGAAAGCUCCUACACCGGGCACGUGAACAUCAGAACUGGACCAUGGGGCAACGGAAGAAGGUGUCCUGGUCUGAUGAAACACGUUUUCUUUUACAUCAUGUGGACGGUCGGGUGUGUGUGCGCCGCUUACCCGGGGAGGAGUUGGUACCAGGAUGCACUAUGGGAAGAACAUGAGCCGGCGGAUACAGCGUGGUGCUCUGGGCGAUGUUCUGCUGGGAAACCUCGGGUCCUGGUGUUCAUGCGGAUGUUACUUUGACACGUCCCACCUACCUAAACACUGUUCCAGACCAAGUACACCCCUUCACUCCAACGGUGUUCUUUAAUAUCAGUGACCUCUUUCAGCAGGAUAAUGCGCCCAGAAACAUUGUUCAGGAACAGUUUGAGGAACGUGACAGAGUUCAAGGUGUUGAUUCGGCCUCUAAAUUCCCUAAAUAUGGGACGUACUGGACAAACAAGUCUGAUCCACGGAACAUUCACACACGCAUUAAUAUGCAAAUUUCAGAAAGUUCUGAAUUGUUUUUGAAUUGUGAAAUCCAUUCUGUGAAACUCACAUCUUAAUUAUCUAUAGUUUAUUAUUUUGCACAAUGAUAAUAAUGUCACUAAGGUUUAAGAUUAAUGUUCUAACAAGACACUGCUACACACACACACACACACACACACUUCUGUAAACAUAUUUACAUUCUUAUAUAAAAAGUCAUUAUUGUAUAAAUGUGGGUUUCAAGUCAUUUCUAUUUGAAAAUAAAAUUAUUCUUCGUUAAGAUUUGCCACACUGAGAUCUUUACAUUACAAUUAAGUAACGUAGAUAAAAUUUCUGCUACGCAGGUAUAGGAAAAUAAUCACUGACAAUUACCACGAAGAUGGUCAUUUUCCAAUGAACAGCACAACUCAAGUAUUCCUCUUUAUUCCUUCUUAAACCAGGAACAUGACAAAACAGUACAAUCAUUCUGAAAAAGGCCUUUUAUUAUACAACAGACAGUGAUGCAGUUAACACACUUGAAAAUAAGCACUUUAUAAAAAAUAUAUCUACAUCAUAACAUACUACGUAUGAACUUUUUGUAAAACAUGACGGGGCGAAGACGCCGGACGCUGUAUUGCUACGAACGCGCUUGCACGGACGAGACGAGGCAGAGAAUAUACUAGACUGUGAGAUAGGCUGAGAUACUGUUAAUCAUCUGAAGUGAUGAAAAUAAUACAAAAACACGCUAGGUAAUAUCCUAUGUCCAGAUCAGUGAUGUACACACCACAAUAUUACACACCAGUUAGGUAAGACAGUUCCUUAUUUUGCAGAAAUUUGAAGAUCCUUCGUGGAGAAGGCAAUCCCAGAAUUCUGUUCAUCAGGGCAGUUGCUUUGACUGAGGACAAGUGUUGUAAUCUAGUAUCGUGAUACUGUACCCCAUGAUAAUCAGCAACACAUGGCUAUAUUAAAGAUUACCGAACUAUAGAUGGAAAAUACCUGCUUGGUGACGACCAAGAAUGUUCUUUUUAAGGAUUUGGUCAAGGUGGUGAUCGUCAUACACUUUGUAACUUCCUCUUCCAUCCACAAGAUGGCACCAAAUUCUCACCAAUCCUUCCUCUGCGAAAGGAGCUCAAUUCUGCUCAUCAUUCUUUUCUUUUUUU